AUGGAACGAAAAAAUGUUUUUGAACGGCGUUCUCCUUCACGCUCUCCAGAGUUACGUUCUUCGUCGGGACGUGGAUCCAAUGACCGCAGAUCAUCUAUGGACAGACGACAUUCUCGUUCGCCAUAUACUUCAAGAGGAUUUUAUUCCCGUUCUCCAUCUCCUAGACGCUACAGUUCUACAAUUCUCAUUGAAAAUAUCACGCGAAAUGUCACGAAGGAGCACAUAAAUGAAAUCUUUGGCGCAUAUGGAACUAUUGAUGAUAUUGACUUUCCAUUGUUCAGGAAAAGUCAUGAACCAAAAGGGUAUUGCUACGUGACAUACGCCUAUGCCGACCAAGCAGAAACAGCUGUUGAUCGGAUGAAUAGCGGUAUGCUCGACGGUGAAGAGCUUUUCGUCUCUUUACAAGAGCAACCUCAAAAAUAUGGUGACAGAAGAGAGCGUCAAGGAAGCUUCUACAAACCUGGAACAAAUUACCGUUCUCGGUAUUCUAGGAGCAUAUCUCGUAGUCGGUCUCGUUCUCCAUACAGAUCCCCCUCUCACUCGCGAUCUCCUUCACGGAGUCGAAUGUACGACGAUUUAGACAGCGAGAGGACUAAUGAUUUGGCUCCACGAAGAGCAGAAUACCAUUCUCGGUACCGGUAG